UAUAGAACCUUCGCAAGUAAAGCCUUGAAGAAACACACAAACCCCUUUCUUCUCUUGGCAGACGCGGCGCUCGGCGAAACGGAGACGACCGACGAAUUCGGGAACCCAUUUUUCUCCCAGACUUAAUCAUCUGCAAUUCUUACUCUUUUGUUUGUAUUAACUAAUUGCGAUUCUUCAUUUUAGAAAUAUGUUAGGGAUUGCGCGGCGAAAAGCUGUUCGUGGUGGUGUUUCGGUGCUAGGGCGUCAAAUUCAAAGGAAUUCUGGACCAUCUGCUCCAGCUUUCGGAUCUCACGGCUAUGCUACUGCCGCGAAAGAGACUUUGCAUCUCAGACAAGGAUCACAUCUCGUCAGGAUUAUUGGUUCACAUGGGAAUUUGGGUUGUCAGGCUAGUCUAAGGUCGCUAAGGGAAGUUGGAUCUUGUUUGCAAACUGGUCCUUCUAGGCAAAUAUGGAAGAGGUCCUACUCAUCAGAAGGUGAUGUUGUGGAAGCCGUUGUACCUUUCAUGGGAGAGUCUAUUACUGAUGGCACUUUGGCUUCAUUUUUAAAGCAUCCUGGAGACCGUGUUGAAGUUGAUGAGCCAAUUGCUCAAAUUGAAACAGAUAAGGUCACUAUGGAUGUUGGUAGUCCUGAAGCUGGAAUCAUUCAACAGCUUCUAGCCAAAGUUGGUGAUACCGUAGAGCCUGGCACUAAGAUAGCUAUCAUUUCAAAAUCUGGCGAUCACGCACAUGUAGCUCCAUCCGAGUCACCAACCAACAAGGCUGAUGCAACUAAGAAGGACAAGACGGAUGAGAAGGUAAAAGCUAAAACUCCUGCUCAAGAAAAGCCCGUGUCAGAAGAUUCUGCUCCCAAGGAAAAGCCUAAAGCUCCUUCUCCACCAUCUACAAAACCCUCACCUUCAGAACCUCAACUACCUCCCAAGGACAGAGAGAGGAGGGUUCCAAUGACAAGACUAAGAAAGCGAGUUGCUACCCGUUUGAAAGACUCUCAGAACACUUAUGCCAUGUUGACUACUUUCAAUGAAGUUGAUAUGACAAACUUGAUGAAGCUGCGCUCUGAUUAUAAAGAUGCCUUUGUUGAGAAGCAUGGAGUGAAGUUGGGAUUUAUGUCAGGAUUUGUCAAAGGAGCAGUGAGUGCACUCCAGAGCCAACCUAUUGUUAAUGCUGUUAUUGAUGGGGAUGACAUCAUAUACCGAGAAUACAUUGAUAUUAGUAUCGCUGUGGGCACUCCUAAGGGUCUUGUGGUACCUGUUAUUCGAGAUGCGGACAAAAUGAACUUUGCUGAUAUAGAAAAAGGAAUCAACUCUCUUGCCAAGAAGGCCACUGAGGGUACUAUAUCGAUUGAUGAGAUGGCUGGAGGAUCAUUCACAAUAUCUAAUGGUGGUGUUUAUGGAAGCCUUCUGAGUACCCCGAUUAUCAACCCUCCACAGUCAGCAAUAUUGGGCAUGCACUCAAUUGUGAACCGUCCAAUGGUGGUUGGUGGUCAGGUAGUUUCACGGCCAAUGAUGAAUGUUGCUCUGACAUAUGAUCACAGGCUGAUUGAUGGGAGAGAGGCUGUCCUCUUUUUGCGCCGUGUCAAGGAUGUGGUGGAAGAUCCCAGGAGGUUGCUUCUUGAUAUAUGAGAAAAGAAAUGUGGUUCCGUUUUUCAGUCAUAGUAAAAAUAAAUUACCAUGUCUUGUAAUCACAUAAUUUUGGGGGUCAAGAUCUUCCCUACCUUUUACUUAUAACUGGCGCAUUAUGUGUUUGGUAUACUUUCUCAAGUACCUAGGGAUGUAAUUGUAGACUCCCUGGCUCGAUUAUUCUGAAAAUUUUGAGAUUUUACUCUCAGGAAGAGUACGAUACACCCUUAAAAUAGUUUGUAAUUUUUGGGGAAUAAUGACUACUGAGUUGAUGAUUUCGCUCUAGAAUUGAUGAAAUACUUGUGUCUUCAUUUCAA